AUGCAUACUUGGUCUCCCGCGCCCGAGAACAUAGUCCCUGGCACAUUAACAAAUGCGCGUGCAGCGACUUCAGCCGGUGUCGAACUGGGCCGGAAGCUGCUGCUGGCAGCCCGGGCCGGAGACACCAACCACGUGCUGGACCUCAUGGCGCAGGGAGCACCCUUCACCACUGACUGGUUGGGUACAUCGCCCCUGCACCUGGCGGCGCUGGGCGGGCACGCGUCCACCGCCGCCGUGCUGCUGCGCGCCGGCGUCAGCCGCGACGCCAGGACCAAGGUGGAGCGCACCCCGCUACAUCUAGCGGCCCACGCUGGGCAUGAAGCUGUCGCCACUGUGCUGUUAGACCACGGUGCGGCAGUGGACUGCAGGGACAUGCUGCGCAUGACGCCGCUGCACUGGGCGUGCGCUCGGGGCCACGCGGCGCUGGCGGCGCUGCUCGUGCGGCGCGGCGCCGACCCCAGGGCGCGGUGCAAGUUCAGGCGCAGCGCGCUGGCCCUGGCCGACAAGCUGCCCGCUGUACGGGCGGCCGUGGAGGAGGCCAUGGCGGACAGAGACCAGGCGGCUUCCGUGCGCGCUAUACAAGAAGAAAUGGCGGUGGACGAGGUGACAGACUCAAAGCCAUACGAAACCGUUCAAAUGCAGAUACCUGUAGAAGAGAAAUACACACAACCCACCAUCCGGAUACCGCACAAAUUCAACAAACUGAAUAUAGACAAUGAGCAACAGCGGCAGCCGGUCGGCAACGGCGCGGAGUCGCACGCGACCGGCGCGGCGCUGCUGCGGCACCACGGCAUCACGCUGCUGCCCGCCGACGACGGCAGCACCGUGCUGUCGGCGCUGCAGAGCGGGCGGACCGUCGUGCUCUCGGACGCGGGCAAGCUGAUGCUGAAGGAGAACAGCUCCCCCGCGGCCGCGCCUACUCCCCCCACCCCCGCCACCGCCACCGCGGCUCCCCCCCGCGCCGGCGUGGUGGUGCGCGCCUGCCCCGCCCGCUCCCCGCCGCGCCCCGGGGUCAAGGUGUUCACCGUCAACAAGCAGCCCGACAAGGACGUGCAGCGCUCUCCCUCCCCCCCGCGCCGGCGUGGUGGUGCGCGCCUGCCCCGCCCGCUCCCCGCCGCGCCCCGGGGUCAAGGUGUUCACCGUCAACAAGCAGCCCGACAAGGACGUGCAGGUAUAGCGCUCUCCCUCCCCCCCGCGCCGGCGUGGUGGUGCGCGCCUGCCCCGCCCGCUCCCCGCCGCGCCCCGGGGUCAAGGUGUUCACCGUCAACAAGCAGCCCGACAAGGACGUGCAGGUAUAGCGCUCUCCCUCCCCCCCCGCGCCGGCGUGGUGGUGCGCGCCUGCCCCGCCCGCUCCCCGCCGCGCCCCGGGGUCAAGGUGUUCACCGUCAACAAGCAGCCCGACAAGGACGUGCAGGUAUAGCGCUCUCCCUCCCCCCCGCGCCGGCGUGGUGGUGCGCGCCUGCCCCGCCCGCUCCCCGCCGCGCCCCGGGGUCAAGGUGUUCACCGUCAACAAGCAGCCCGACAAGGACGUGCAGGUAUAGCGCUCUCCCUCCCCCCCGCGCCGGCGUGGUGGUGCGCGCCUGCCCCGCCCGCUCCCCGCCGCGCCCCGGGGUCAAGGUGUUCACCGUCAACAAGCAGCCCGACAAGGACGUGCAGAUAAAAUACGUCCAACUACCAGCAGACGCAACCAUCCUAUCCCCACACAAAGCGGCCAUGAAGGCCAAGAGCAAAGUCGUUCGAGCCGCCGCCGCCACCGGUACCGGUACCGGUACCGUAACAGGAACUGGAACCGGUACCGGGACCACCGGUAACCGGCCCGGCGUUAAGAUCAUCAUGAAUAAAGCUAGCUUCAGCAAGUUGUUGGCUACUGCGACGAGGGCACACGGCUCAGGAGAUAAUGAGCCACUUUCCCUCGGCAAUGCCCGCGGCGAAGCAGUCGUGUGCGUGCCGGAGCAGUUCGUCCGCUCCAUGUCGGCGCGCUACCUGCGCGCGCAGCUGCUGGCCGCGCACGCCGCGCUGGCCGAGCUGCAGCGCCAGCUCAAGCACGCCCGAGCACAGCUCGCCGCCACGCAGCCCGGCUAG